UGCUCCUCCCCGGUGCAGUGGAAAAACGACCCGAAGGCAACAAGUCCCCGCGUCUCGAGUGCAGCCUUCUACGGGAAUCGUAACCCUCACGUGCCCUGCGCAUCUCUUCCUCAUCGCAAGCGGCCAGCAGGAGCCAAAAGGGGCGGGGGGGAACCUCUCAGGGUCCACUCCUUUUUUUUUUUAAAGUCUCGCCGGCGCUGCUCAGCCGUAGUUUAUUUCCCAACCCCGUCACAUCUCCUUAGGUUAAACCGUUGUCUUAAGAUGUCCUGGACGACGAGCGGUGGUCUGGCCACUCUGGUCAUCCUGUUUCUGUGGAGGGUGGAUGAGAUGGCAGAAGCCUGCAGCUGCUCCCCUACGCAUCCUCAGCAGGCGUUUUGCAACUCAGACGUCGUUAUCAAGGCAAAGGUGGUUGGAAGGCACAUGGUUGACGUUGGCAACGACAUCUAUGGAAACCCCGUUAAGCAGGUCAAGUAUGACCUCAAACAAAUCAAGAUGUUCAAAGGUCCCACCCGGGAUUUUGAUGCCGUGUACACGCCUCCCAUCUCUGCAGUGUGCGGGGUGACUCUUGAAAAUGAUGGCAAGGAGUAUCUUAUCACAGGCAAACUGGAGACUGACGGGACGAUGCAUAUCACACUGUGCGACUUCAUUCAUCCCUGGGAGGCCCUGAGCGCCACGCAGAAGAAGAGCCUGGUCCAGCGCUACGAGAUGGGCUGUGAUUGCAAGAUCACCCGCUGCACCUCCAUCCCCUGCAUGAUCAGCGGCCCGGCGGAGUGCCUGUGGACGGACUGGGUGAUCGAGAAGACGGUCAACGGAGGGCAGGCCAAACACUUUUCCUGCGUCAAGAGGAGCGACGACUCUUGCGCCUGGUACAGAGGAGAAGCUACACCCAAAAAGGAUUUCCUGGACAUCGAAGACCCUUAACUCCACCCGCCGUCCAAUAGUCUAAAAAUAUCUAAGAUAUAAUAAGAUACAAUAUACCAAAAACACAAAUAAAUCAUCAUCUUCUUCUUUUUUUGUUAACAAGGUCUCUGUGUGAAGGUCGUUUUAAUUUACAGUCCUCAUCAUGUGUUUAAUCAAUGAAUGCAGCACUUUCAGAAACGUUUUGCCUUAAAUCCAAAGCACUUCACCAAAAACCACUCAGCUGAAAUAAGCGGAUAAUCAUCACAAAUCAGUAAUGCUGUUUAUGGGGUUUUGGUUCUUGAGCUAUUUUAUCUUGUCAACCAAAGGUAUUAUUUUAAAGUGAACUAUAAUUUUAUGCUGCAACAAUAGCUCAAAGUGUAACAAUCCAGUGAAUCAGUUUUUCAGGUAUAAUAAUAAGUGGCAAUUGGCGCCCUGAUUUUUGACAGCAGAGCCAUCACAAUAAUAAUACUUUUGCCGACUAUACACAUGUCUUCUUUUUUUCUCCAUGUGACAAACCUGUUUUGAUGAAGCACAAUCAGUGCUUGUGCUAACGUUUUCUUUAAAUAAUCCUGAACAGACAAGAAUGCACUUUGAACACAAUUGUCAGAGCAGUCAUAUUGUCACUAAUGUAACAUUUCUGGAAAGGAGGAUUGAAUCCUCCAUUUUGUACUUUUUUUUAUAUUACAGCUGUCCUCUUUGUAAUGCUUUGGCGUAAGAACCUAUUUUAUUUAAGAGAGUUUAAGAGGGUCAUCAUAUUCUGUUGAGAAAAAAGAUCCACUGUGGGCCUAAUGUUGCCCGCCUGACUGGCUCGUCUUUUGGGACUGUUGGUUUAAGAUUUUGUAACCAAUCAUCUCUUUACUGGCAGAGCCUUUGAUAUGACCAAAAAAGUGUGCAAAGAGCAAAUGCCAUUUGACUUUGAUAAUUAUUAUGAGUGUAAAAAAGGUUCUUCAUUGUAAACUGUACCCAAAUAUGACGCCUUGUGCUGGUUUCAUGUGAGACAUUUGAGACGUUUUUUGCAUGAAACAAUACUGUACCUUUUGACUAUUACAUUAAAUGUCAAACCCUGUUUAGAUACCUUGCAUGUGUUAGUUGUUUUUUACAUCAAUGCUUAUUGUGUGCAGAUUGACACAACUCAACUUCAUUAAAGAAUCAGCAUGG